GAAGAGCGAAGAGGAGCGGAGGGAAGGGGAGAGAGAGUGAGAGUGGCGGCCAAUCCGACAGCGCAAGGGAACGGGGAGUCGAAGGCGGCUCGCCUCCAAUCGUUCCUAUCAUCCCUGUUCUCGACUCUCUUUCGCCAGAGCCAAGAAGAAGGAAGCGGCGACGAAGGGGGAGAAGACAUGGCGUCCAGGAGUCAGGCCAUCGUCUCGCAGCAACAGAGAGGUGGGGCUGUGCCAGCAGGCAAGCAAAAAGCUAACGCGGCUGCGGAUGGGAAGAAUCGCCGAGCCCUUGGAGACAUCGGUAAUCUGGUCAACGUCCGGGCGGUGGAAGGGAAGCAGGAACCCCAAAUCAAUCGUCCCAUUACUAGAAGAUUUGGCGCUCAACUUCUUGCGAAAGCACAAGCUGCAGAAGCAGCAGCUACUGCUGCCAAUAAGAAACCUGUAGCUACUCAACCUGAUGCAGCAGCAGGCAGAGGUGGAGCAAAACCACCGAAGAAGGCUGUAAUCAAAAGCAAGAAGGAGAAGAUCACCAAGGAGGAGAAGAUUAUCGUGAUAAGCCCCGAUAAGAACGAGGAAUCUAAGCAAGCAUCCUGCAGCAGAUCUUCCAGGAAGAAGAUUACUGCACUCACAUCUGUGCUCACGGCUCGAAGCAAGGCUGCCUGUGGACUGCUCACUGACAAGCCGAAGGACUUGAUGAUCGACAUCGACGCGGCCGAUACGGAGGACCAGUUGGCCGUCGUGGAUUACGUCGAGGACAUCUACACGUUCUACAAAUCCGCCGAGCAAUCAAGCAGGCCUCACGACUACAUGGGCGCCCAGGUGGAGAUCAACGCCAAGAUGAGAGCUAUUCUUGCCGACUGGUUGAUCGAAGUGCACCACAAGUUCGAGCUGACGCCUGAGACUCUCUACUUAACCUUCCACAUCAUCGAUCGGUACCUUUCCAUGGAGACUGUUCUGAGGAUAGAGUUGCAGCUCGUGGGGGUGUCUGCCAUGCUCAUUGCCAGCAAGUACGAGGAGAUUUGGGCACCGGAGGUGAAUGACUUCAUAUGCAUCUCAGAUCGGGCGUACACCAGAGAGCAGAUCCUUGGGAUGGAGAAAGCGAUCCUGGACAGGCUCGAAUGGAACUUGACGGUGCCGACGCCGUACGUGUUUCUCGUGAGAUUCUUGAAGGCUGCUGCAUCGUGCCAUCGUGACGAGGAGAUGGAACGUAUGGUGUUCUUCUUUGCCGAGUUGGCUCUGGUGGAGUACUCGAUGGCACUGCACUCCCCGUCCAUGGUUGCAGCUGCUUCGGUGUACGCAGCCCGCUGCACUCUGAAGAAGACUCCUCUGUGGACCGAAACACUAAAACGCCACACAGGCUUCACGGAGCGACAAUUACUGGACUGCACACAGACUUUAGUGAACUCCCAUGCGGUUGCUCCCGAGGGUAAGCUGAAGGUUGUGUACAAGAAGUACUGUGGUGAGCAAUUUGGAGCUGUGGCAUUGCAACAGCCAGCAACCGAACUGGUGAAGGAGAUGAUGAAGGCUGGGAAGUGACUGCCAAGUGAGAAUGAAAUCAUGUGUUUCAUGUUCUUUAUGAAAGAGUGGCUGGAAGCAGCAAAGGGAACAAGAAGAGCAUGGUGGACUAUUUUGUUUUUGGUUUUGGGGGUUGAUGUCCUCUUCACUCAGAAUAGUUUGGGAAAAGCAAAUAUGAUAUAUAUAUAUAUAUAUAUAUAUAUAUAUAUAUAUAUAUAUAUAUAUAUAGCAUUGAAGCUAAUGGUGUUUUCUUUAUAGUGCGAAAAAUAUUUUCUUGAAAUGCUAAUUCUUUUUUGUGUUAGGGACUAAAAAUUAUUGAUUUUUUGUUCUUGAAGACUAAUAAUACAUGUUCUUGAAGAGCAUGCAAUUAUUAAUAAUUUGAUUUAAAACUAUAAAUCUUCUAAAUGACACGUCAUUUAUUCUACCCUUCACUUACCUACUUGGUGACUGGAACGAUCCCUGGCUCCACAAGAGGUCGUCUGUGGGUCCCAUGGUUGUUUGCAGUUGUUUUGCAUAUUUGCACGUCGUCUUUGGCUACCUGUGCUGUUGUUGGAGGAAUGAUGUGGGGCCCACAUGAUGUGACAUUCGAUCAAACGACUAGGUACGAAUGGGUAAGAGUUAAUGGGUACUAUCAAGUUCCUUUAAAUCCGCUGCCCUUCAUUUGCCAUUUGAUCCCCUCCGGCACCGCCGCUAGCAUCGAUCGCCUCUUCGACGGCGCCCGCCCUGCACGCCGCCGCUUAGUCGCUUUGAUUUUAGGGAGGAAUGGAGGGAGCGAAGGCGCAGAUGGGGAGCUUGGAGUCGUCGCUUCUCCAAAUCGUCCAAGAACACCAACAGAGGUCCAUUUGGACCAGAGAGCAAACAGGAGAUUGGUGACUUUGAGAACUGGAUGAAGAUAAUGGACUUUGAUUGUAAAAGCAUAAAUGCUGCCAUCCGAAAUAUCCAUCAGAUGUGAACUCAUGAAUAAGGGCUAUAAUCCAUGCCAAGUUAAUGUCUCAAAGUUCCAGUGGUGCAUAUUCCGGUACAAAUGACCCUCAAGGUUCUGCUGUUUUGCUCAGCAAAACAUAUGUAGAUGAACAACUAGCAUGCAACUUUGGCUAUUGCUGUUGUUUGAAUUGAUAACCUUGGUUGUUAAGACUCUGCUAAUUUUGAAAACAAUAAAGUGAAUUUUUUUCUAAAGAA